GGCCGGGGGAGAGCCUGGAGAUCCCAGCCUCGAGGGGUGGCUGUCGGCUCCUGGCCAGGCGUGGGGAGCCGCUGCCUGCUCCCUACACUUCCUCCUGGGCCUUCUUUCUGUGUUGGGGGGCUCGGACCAAGAUGAACCUCAACUUCACCUCCCCGCUACACCCGGCGUCUUCUCAGAGGCCCACGUCUUUCUUCAUUGAGGACAUCCUGCUGCACAAGCCCAAGCCACUCAGGGAGGUGCCCCCCGACCAUUUCGCCAGCUCCCUGGCCUCCCGGGUGCCUCUGCUAGACUAUGGCUACCCCCUCAUGCCCACCCCCACCCUCCUGGCUCCUCACCCCCACCACCCUCUGCAUAAGGGAGACCACCACCACCCCUACUUCCUCACCACUUCGGGAUGGUUUGGAUCCCAGGUGUGUCGGGUGAAGACGUGGUUCCAGAACCGGCGGAUGAAGCAUAAAAAGCAGCUGAGGAAAAGCCAGGAAGAAUAA